AUUUAACUCCUGGGUGUUAUCUUCUAAGAGUCUUAUAGUUUGCUUUAUAUUUAGGUCUAUGAUUCACUUUAAUUUCUGGGAAAGGUGUUAGGUCUGUCUAGAUUUUUUUUUUUUAAUAUGUGAAUGUCCAGUUGUUCCAGCACAUAUUGAAAAGGCUGUCUUUACUCCAUUGUAUUAUCUUUGCUCCUUUGUCAAAGAUCAGUUGACUGCAUUUGUGUGGGUUGGAUCUUAUUUAACUAGUCUGCCUUUUUUUUUUUUUUUUUUUUGCGGUAGUCUGCCUUUUAAUUGAAAUUUUUAGUCCAUUUUUUUUCAAGUAAUUUUUGAUAUCUGUGGGUUUAAGUCAGCCACUUUGCUGAUUUCUAAUUGUCCCAUUUUUUUUUCCUUCCCAUGUUCAUCCUUUCCUGCCUUCUUCUGGGUUAAAUGUAUCUAAUGCCUCAUUGUUUUUAAGUCAUACUUACAUUAUCUUUUUAGUUGUUUCUCUGUUAAGUUCUUUAAAAUCAUUUUCCCCCUUUUUCAGAUUGGCUAUGUCUAUAGAUGUUCAAGCUCACUAAUCUUUCUUCUCCAAUGCCCAACAGCCCACACAAUAAACUAUAUGUGAAGAUUGGUGAAAGGGAACACUGAUUUCUGAAGUAGCCUGGAGAGGAAAAGCACUGCUCAAUAUCAAGUGGACAAAUGCUUGGUGUUUUCCAAAGACGCUAUUGAAGUAGUCUUUGCUACUGCUUUCCUUCACUCAGUCAAAGCUCUUCAUAACAUGGGCUGCAUGAAAUCAAAGCAAACUUUCCCAUUUCCCACCACACUCGAGAGUGAGAAGAGGCAUGAGAGUCAAGAAAACUUUAUGCCUGAAGAGAGACUUCUACUCAGGAUGCCUUCUCUAGUUAAUGUCAAAGAGGAAGUGAAGGAACCCCUAGGGCCUGAAAUUGUGGUCUUUGAAUUUGCACACCGCCUGUCCCAGGAAAUCUUGAGUGAUGCCUUGCAGCAGUGGGCUGGCAACCACCUCAAGUACUAUGACAUCCCAUAUAUUGAGAGUGAGGGGCCUUGACGCUGUGUGUAGGAUGAUGACACUUUCUCCAACUGUGGAUAAAGUUGGUGCUAGUUUAAAUACAUGAAACAACAGCAAAAACUGGUGUGAAUAAAUACAAAUAACUCCAUCUGGGUGUAAAGAAAAAUAUUUCGAUAGCCAUCAAGAGUCUAAGAAUACCUAAAAUGAAGUGUUUUAAGCAGUUCUACAUUAACAGCAAUUUCUAUCUGCUUGGUCUUGGAUUUUAGUCAUUAAAGGGUUAAAUGUAAGUCCGCUGGUGCCACAGUAAUCAGCUGUGUCACACCACUUCCAGAGGCAACAAUGCCAUCACCAAAGAAAUAAGAAUUUUUAAAAUUCUUUAAAGAAUUUAAUUUAUUUAAAACCUGUGUUUUCAAAAUGGUCAUUUUAAAGACAUUCUUUUAAAAUAUUUGUCAAUUUAUACAAAAAAAAAACCAAGAUAUGAAAAGGAUUUUCUUGAAAUGCCUGGGCA